AUGCCAAAGACACUCAAAGAAACCUUUGCGGCGAAACUACCUGCCGAGGUUGAGCGAAUCAAGAAGCUGAGAAAAGUUCAUGGCUCCAAGAUCGUUGACGAAGUCACCCUCGAUCAAGUCUAUGGAGGAGCUCGUGGCAUAAAAUCGUUGGUUUGGGAGCAAGUUCGUAUGCUCUCAGAAGACUGGGCAGCACGUUCCGACUUACCAGGAUACGUCGUGGAGUUGGUAGACCGUUGUCCUCCAGACCUCCAUCCAAUGGCUCAGCUUUCUCUUGCAGUAACUGCACUUGAGCGCGACUGUGCAUUUGCAAAGGCUUAUGCCAGGGGCACGAAUAAGAAAGAAUACUGGGAAUAUGUUUUUGAAGAUUCGAUGAAUAUAAUUGCUAAGCUACCAACAAUUGCAGCGAGGAUAUAUCAUAAUGUAUUCCGCGAAGGCAGAAGCGUUCCGGUGGCAGUACAGAAAGACAAAGACUUUACCUUCAACCUGGUCAAUCAACUGGGCUUUGGAAAUAACGAAGAGUUCACGGAACUAAUGAGACUCUACAUUACUCUCCACGCAGAUCACGAAGGAGGUAACGUUAGCGCCCAUGCUACUCACUUAGUUGGUAGUACUCUCAGCUCCCCAAUGCUGUCUUUAGCAAGUGGCUUCAACGGACUGGCUGGCCCAUUACAUGGCUUGGCAAAUCAGGAAUCGCUUAACUGGCUUCAAAAAAUGAAAGCUACUAUUGGCGACGACUUGAGUGAUAAGGCUAUUACAGACUAUCUUUGGUCAACCUUGAAUUCGGGACAAGUUCUCCCGGGCUACGGGCAUUCCGUAUUACGACAAACAGACCCACGAUACCUCGCUCAACGUACAUUUGCUCUCCGUCAUCUUCCGAACGAUCCCAUGUUCAAGCUAGUCAGCCAGUUAUACAAACUUGCACCGGAGGUUUUAACACAACAUGGCAAGACAAAAAAUCCAUACCCAAAUAUUGAUGCGCAUUCCGGUGUUUUGCUGCAACAUUAUGGUCUGCGAGAGACCCGGUUCUAUACUGUACUUUUUGGAAUUUCACGUGCUAUGGGAGUUCUGGCACAAGUGAUCAUCGACCGUGCGCUUGGCUUUCCGAUCGAGCGCCCGAAGUCAUACAGCACCGAUGCAUGGGUUGGCUUCGUAGGAGCGAAGCUGUAG